UCUCUCUCUCUCUCUCUCUCUUUCUCUGCGUGUGUGGACGAGAGAGAGAGAGAGAGAGAAUGGGAAGAAAAUGCUCGCACUGUGGAUUCGUGGGUCACAAUUCAAGAACCUGCGCAUCUAUCCAGAGAGACGCGAGUUUCAGCGGCGGCGGCGGUAGAGUCAUGCUGUUCGGAGUGCAGCUCGAGGCCGCUUAUCCUUGUGGUGCGGCGUCGCGUCUCGCGUUGAAGAAGAGCUCGAGCAUGGACUGUCUGAUGCCGUACACGUGCGUUCUGACGUCGUCUUCUUCGCCGUCGUCUUCAGCGGCGACCGAUUCCUCUCUCUCUCUGCGCGCUGCUUGUGACGCCGGAGGUCGUCUCCUUCAAGACGAGGGUCGCAACAGAGCAGCUAGCAACACCAGUAAUGAUGGGUACGUAUCGGAUGGCUUUCUGGGUCGAGCCCAAGAGAGGAAAAAAGGCGUGCCGUGGACGGAGGAGGAGCACCGGACGUUCCUGAUGGGGCUGGAGACGCUCGGGAAGGGGGAUUGGAGAGGCAUCUCCCGGAAGUUCGUCCGCACCAGGACGCCCACCCAGGUCGCCAGCCACGCUCAGAAGUAUUUCCUCCGCCGGAACAGCCUCCACAAGCGGAACAAGCGCCGCCCCAGCCUCUUCGACGUAACUCAUUCCGAACUCUCCUCCCACUCUUCUCCCAAGUUGCAAAGCCAUUUGGCAGUGGGGCAAGAAAGAUGCAGUGCUCAUCACCAUGGACAAAUCCCUAAGCCAAGUGAAUCUUUCACCCCAAUGCGUCCCUUCUCACCCCAAUCUGGCUCGACUGGACGAGAUAGCAGAACAAGAAUGGCACUACUAACCUCUCCCCGUACAUGUUCGUCCGAUCACGAGCUCCUGAGUUCGAAUCCCGUUAACCCUGCUUCGACCACAAGCGGUUGUCAGGGUUCGAAACCUAACCUCGAGCUGACGCUCGCCUCCCCGAAUCAUCAGUUGGAUCAGGGCUCUUCGAUUAGCGUCACCUAGAUCAAUGAUGGAUCGAUGCGACCCCAUGUGUAAUUGUAUGAUCCGAUCAGCUUCUUCAAGAUGAGGACGCAUAUGUUCUUAUUCUUCUAGAAUUGUGCAAGCAAGUGCUCGUGCACAAUGAUUGACCAAAAUGUUGUAGUUAUUCAGUUGUAAUUAAGUAAAAUUCUUCAGUUACUACUGUAUCUUUUGGUUU